UCCCGAAUUUCCUGAGAAACCGAAACACUGAUUUCCAAAGUGGUUGCACAAGAUUGCAUUCCCACCAGCAAUGGAUGAGGGUACCCCUUCCUCCACAGCCUCUCCAGCAAAGGCUAUCAUCGGUGCUUUUGAUUUUAGCCAUUCUGACAGGUGUGAGAUGAUAUCCCAAAGUUGUUUUGAUUUGCAUUUCCCUGAUUGCUAAUGAGGUUGAGCAUGACCUUAGGUGUCUUUUGGCCUAAAUAACCCUUUAUUAUAUUCAAUUCUGAGCUAGUGUGGGGCUUUUUUUUUAAAGCAUCCUUCUUCACUGUUUUUUGAUUGUCUGCAUUUAAAAAAUUCAAAAUCAAUACAAUGCUAUGCAGAAUCAAAUCUUCCUGUCUAUUUUCCAUUUCUAUGUAAACUAUUUUUCUAAUUUUGUUCCUGUUUUUAAAGACUUUAUCAUAUUAUUUUUAAGCUACUUAUGCCUUUCUAUAACUUUUGAUGUCCUUUUUAAUUUUUCUUAAGCCUAUACACACUGUAAACAAGUUAGAACCUGGUUAGGAGGUUUUCUGUUUGGUCCUCUUUUUUAUUUUGUAUCUUUCAGUGUGUUUUGUUGUAUAGGUUAAUGCUAAUUCCUACACAUAGUGUAUGACUGAUUAUCCUCCUAUAUUGAAGCCUGUGUGAGACUAGGGAAACUGAUCACAAAGCUUAGCUCAUGGCAACUGGUGGCCGGCUCCAUCUAGCAGGCAGACUUAAGGGGACAAAUCUUUUUCUGUACUGCUGCUGGCAUGAGACUGUGAGACUAGAAUGUCCAAUGUGCCUCCAGUUCUGUGCAUUCAGAACCUUUUUUAAGAUUUCUUGGGUUUUAUUUGGAAGUAAGUGCACCAUGUUUAAGUGCCAAAUGUAGAUGGAGGAUAUUUUCUGUUCGACCCAUUUGUGCAGCUACUUCCAAAUAAUCACUCAGAGGUUUAUAUUAAUUAUAAAUGUUUGUCCAAUAGCUCAGACUUAUUAUUAGUUAGCUCUUACAUUUAAAUUAACCCUUAUUUUUGUCUUUAUUUUGCCACUUGGUUUGUACUUUAUUACCUUAUUUUGUAACAUGUCCUACAUUUUUGGUGGCAGGUUGUUGUCCCCUAGAUUCUGCCCUUCUUCUCCUGUAUCUGUGCUUGGAUUUACAGCCUGGCUCUAUCCUGCUUAGUGACAGGCCAAAGUAGAUUUAUUUAUCAACCAAUGAGAGUAACACAUGUUCGCACCAUACGAAAAGACAUCCCAUAGCAAUUUUACAAGAAAAUAAAGGGAUCUGGGUUUGAAAUGCUUGUUCUGCUAUGACGUGUGAUGCCCUCCAUGAUGUGGAAAGAAGGUCUUCACUGAGCAGAUCCUGGUGCUGUGUGUUCUCUGGUCUCUCCUGUCUACUGUCUACUCUACAUCUCUACUAUCACAGGCAGUAGAUCAUGGAGGCUUUGUGUGAAACUCAUAUUCACCUGGAAUGUGAUUGAAGAGGUAAGAUAAAAUCCCAGCUUUUUAGGCUUUUGGUCUUGGGUUCUUCCCACUGAAGUAAGAGUUCUAAGAACCAAAAUCUGCACUGCCCAUGUCACUUUCUCCUGUUUCUGAAUUUUUUUUUUUUUUACUGAAAAGAACAUUGGGGAAGAAAACUAGGUUCAUGAAUGGAUGCAUAUGUGUAUAUACGAGUGUGUAUAUUGUGUGUGUGUGAGAGAGAGAGAGAGAGAGAGAGAGAGAGACAGAGACAGAGAGACAGAGAGAAUCACAGGAGUCAGAAUCACAAGGUUAAGUGCUUCAGCCUACUUGUAACUCUUCUGUAAAUCCACAGUUGAAUCAAGGAUAAAGACAGAGGGGCCCUCUGGAUAUCAUCUCACUUGACUGACUGUUUUUUGGAAAACUGCUGAACUGAGGAGGGAUUGGAAUGUUUGGAUUGAUCUUUUCUAGGAAAUCUCCAACUGCAGAGUUUGCCCCUCUCACAUAGCACUCUGCUCUCUCAUGCAUCGCUCUGUCCUUGCUGUUCUGUAAAUUCCAGGUAGAUGUCUUGUCCUUCCUAAAUUCUGAGUUCAGUCCUCUCGCUCAUGGAGAAUGAUUGACCAGAUUUGAAUAUUCCCUCCAUGAUCUGAAUUAUGAAAACUAUGUCCAAUUUAUACUGAGUGUCUUGUACUUUAACUUGUAAAUAAUAUUUUCCCUGGUAGUGUUUUUUCUUAGUCAUUUAAAGCACCAAACAAAUCUUUCUUCUACUUACUUUGGUCCACAUAUCAUUUUGGGAAGCAUUAUUGUGUUAUUUUUGAUAAACUCAUUGUAAUUAAAAUAAAUAAUUAUACACAUAUGGAUAGCUACGACUCUCUAUAUUAUAUCACUGAGCACACUGAAGAUUUGUCAUCACAGAAGAUUUCUCCUCUAUAGCUAUUCAUUUUUUUUCCGCUUUUGGCCAUCUUACUGAUGGAGGUGGGUCUUGUAUCUUAUCUGUUGCUUUCAUUGGUUAACUAAUAAAGAAACCUGCUUGGCCCUGAUAAGACAGAAAAUUAGGUAGGUGGAGUAAACAGAACAGAAUGCUGGGAGAAAGAAGUCGAGUCAGGCAGUCUCCAUGAUUCUCCCACCCGACACAGCCACAGGUUAAGAUCUUCCCUGCUGUUUCUGACCAGUGAUUUGGCAGAGUAAAGCUUGGAAGAAAAUCUGCACAGAGAUAGAAAAAGUAGGAGAUGCCAUGUAGCUGCCAUAGAAGAAAGACAGCAUCUAUCUCUGAAGGAGAAAAACACCAGAACAUUUCCUGAUGGCAGGGACAGCACGCCAUGACCGUGAGAUGGCAAUCCAAUCCAAGAAAAAGCUCUCCACAGCAACUGAUCCCAUUGAAAGACUGCGAUUGCAGUGCCUGGCCCGGGGCUCUGCAGGCAUCAAAGGUCUUGGCAGAGUGUUUCGGAUCAUGGAUGACAAUAACACCCGAACCCUUGAUUUCAAAGAAUUUUUGAAAGGGUUAAAUGAUUACGCUGUGGUCAUGGAGAAAGAAGAGGCAGAAGAACUUUUCCGGAGAUUUGAUAGAGAUGGAAAUGGGACCAUAGACUUCAACGAGUUCCUUCUCACAUUAAGGCCCCCAAUGUCCAGAGCCAGAAAGGAGGUAAUUAUGAAAGCUUUUAGGAAGUUAGACAAAACCGGAGAUGGUGUUAUAACCAUUGAAGACCUUCGCGAAGUUUAUAAUGCUAAACACCAUCCAAAGUACCAAAAUGGGGAAUGGACGGAGGAGCAAGUCUUCCGGAAGUUUCUGGACAACUUUGACUCACCGUAUGACAAAGACGGGUUGGUGACCCCCGAGGAGUUCAUGAACUAUUACGCAGGCGUGAGUGCAUCCAUUGACACCGACGUGUACUUCAUCAUCAUGAUGACUACUGCCUGGAAGCUCUAGAUGCCUGACCCUGGGAGCCAGGUCAUGGAGACAGCCAUGUGACUCUAAAUGAUCAAAACGCACCUCAAAAACUCAGAAUGAUAUUUUAUUUCAUGUUCAUCGCACAUCUUCUUCUUUGCCAACAUAGUGUAUUUUCUAGGGCUGACGUAAGGGCAGAAAUAAAGUCACUAAGUAAUUAACUGUGAACUUGUGUCCUCUGAAACUGUUUCCUUAUUUCUAAAGUAGGAAUUAUUAAAGUUGCCUCUCUAAAUUUGCUAGCACUGUGGCUAUGUCAAUCAAUUUGUGAUGUCUCCCUUGGUCAUCAGUGAAAUUUUGAGUCUUGUAAUUAUGACCUUAUUUGCACAGAAAGUCAAGAUAGUUUCACCUUUAAGCUGGGUGUGAGAAUAUAUCUAUUUGUAUAGUUGUAUAAUUUUAAGGGUCCUAACCUCAAUUUGGGGACAAGAAAGAAUAUACUAGGUUUAUAAUUUCUGCAAGUGAAUCUGGAGUUUUACCUCUUAGGGUCUAUGGAAGCCUCCUUUUGGCAAAUAGAUUGAACAUGACUAUAGGUUUGUGGGUUUCUAUUGGUUUUUAAAUACUGAUAUGAUGGAGGUCAUUUUGUUGAAUGAUAAACCUAUGGAUAUUCAACACCUUCCUGUGUUUGGACUUGUGAGCCUGGACUGGACUCUACUAUUUUAUGUGGAACAGCUUCACUGCGGUAGCUAGCAAAAUUUCCUUUGGCACAAAGUUUAUCUAACUCUUCUCCGUUGUCAGCCAAGCAUGCUGACAGUUCUCUUUAUGCAAAGAGGAUGGACAUGGCCCAGACUAAAAUCAUAGAGCUUUCUAAAGCAGAUUCUUCAUGAUACUUGAUACUUCAUGGUUCAAAUCCUCUUUUCAGCCCUCAUCUCUGCUUGUAUCUUAUUGACAUGGGAUAAUCAAUGCAUAAGGGACUAAUAGAAAUAAUGGAAGCCUCAGAAAUAAGAUAAAUGGAACCUAAAAUUGCAGCUCCUACUCUGCACAAUUUGUGCUUGGGGCCACAGACAAGACAGUGAAUAGACUCUGGUUGUGAGGCUGGGAUGAAUUCUUAGCUGCUUUUGUUGCCCGGAAGUCUUUUCUGCAGACCCCAUAUCAGGCUGGCUCUGUGCAUUGCUUUAGGGACAUGAAUCAGGUUGAUGGUGUCUUCAAGAUCUUCUGAAUAGAAAUGGCUCCAUAAAGUGGGUCUGAAGAUACUUUGUAAUAUUAACUUUUAUCUUCAUUCUUUACCAUUUAUCUUACACUCUUCCUUGAGAUCAGGAUAGAUACUAUUUCAAUGCUGUGAAAACAGGUGUUGUGAGAUGAGAAUUAUAUCAGUUAUUUAUUGGGGCACCUUGCUUUGUUUCUUGUUGGGGAAGCUCAAUUAUUUAUCUUAGGAACUAGCUGGAGAAGAGGCCUUUAUCUUGAGGUUGGGCACAUCUUUAUAUCAUAGGAAAGCAGCUUCCCCCUCAUUAAUUAUACAAGACAUGCUUUCCAUUGAAUUUCCUAACCAGUCUUCUAUAGAGAAGGGCAGGACAACCAAUACCAAAUGUAAUGAAAAAAUAUGUACAAAUCACACAGGAAGCACAAAUAUGCAGGAAAAGACCAUUUGAAAGCAUGUACCCUGCAAGCUGUGACUGAGGGGAAGCCUCCUAUGUCCUAGACAUGGUGAAUCACAAGCCUACUGAUCUAGAUAGAUCUGGGUCUUUGAUUGUGGGUAGCACUCAUGUCUUGCUUAAUGCAAGCUACAGAGCAAGCAUGUGAUUCUGAGUUGCAGCUCUCAGCUCUAUCUCUUCUAGUGAUAUUUUGUUUCCUGUCCAAGGAGAGUACAGGGCACACUCAUCUGACUUUAGAUAACUGUCAUGAGAUAUUUUACACUGUGUGAAGAUGUAUUGCUGUGACUGGUGUAAUAAAAAGCUGAAGGGCCAAAAGCUAGGCAGGAUUUCUGGGGAAUGAAAAGAAGAGGAGGAAUUUAGGUAUGGAGGAGAUGCCAGGAGAUGUGGAAAGGAAACAGGAGGCCCAAGAUGGAAGAGAAAUAAUGCCACAUGAUAGAAUGUAUAUGAAUGUAAAUGGGUUAAUUUAAGCUGUAUAAGUUGUAAGAGCAAGCCUAAACUAUAGACCUAGAUUUUGUAAUGAAUAAGAAGUGUCUUUGGGUCAUUAUUUGGGAGCUGGCUGGCAGGACAGCAAAAGGCUCAUUACAGCGACCCUUGUCUCACAGUGCAAAUCCAGUUCCUUCAGUUUCAGAGUUUUUUUUUUUUAAGCAGAUUCUUUUUUUUAAUUUUUAUUUAUUUAUUUAUUAAAGAUUUCUGUCUCUUCCCCACCGCCGCCUCCCCUUUCCCUCCCCCUCCCCCAAUCAAGUCCCCCUCCCUCGUCAGCCCAAAGAGCAAUCAGGGUUCCCUGCCCUGUGAGAAGUCCAAGGGCCACCCACCUCCAUCCAGGUCUAGUAAGGUGAGCAUCCACGAAUCAGUUUCAGAGUUUUAGGUUCUGAAUUCGGAGCAUGAUUCCUCCAAGGCCUUUUCACCCCUGAGAAACAAGCCUCUUAAGAAUCUAAUGGCUAAGGAACACUGUACUCAUUUUUAUCUAAUUUAUGGUUUCAGAAUAAAGUUUUAAGGAUCACUGUACUCUUCUAUGACUUAUUACAUACACUGUCAAGACCAACUCAUUAGUUCACCCAGUCUAGUAGCUAACGCAGGAAGAUGGAAGAGCCGUUUUAAAGUAUUUUCAAACAACGUAUUGAGCACCCUUCCAAUUUAUUUAACAUCUAAAUUUUUAAGCAUUAUUCUGCUUGUAAUGUUAAAAGUAACCAAUUGAUUCAGAAGACAAGGCACAAUAAAAAACCCCCAAAACCUUUCUAGGAAGUACUUUCCUAUUGGACUUGGAUCCUAUAUGGGAAAGAAGAGAGGGUACAGUUAGCAGAAUUUUAUGAAAUAAAACUAACUCAUGCCUUAUUUCCAAAUUAGAAUCUUCAGACCAAGCCAACAUUACUAUUACUGAAUCUGGACUGUCUCCUUCAGAAUAAAACCCUGUGUAAGAUCAGGAAGUAACUAAACUUCUAUCAAGAUCUGUGUACAAUGUACUUGGAUUCCAUGCUCAGGCCAAAUGAGAAGCAAGAUGUUCUGAAUUAUGUACGGCCUGGAGAAGCAUUCCUCCUGUCAAUCUGAAGGACACGUUUUUCACUACUGUCUUGUCCUUGGCAGGAUCUCUCUACCCCUAGAUAGCAGUUGAUUUGCUCUGUGUUGUUCAUACGCAUAAACUCAGUUAUAUUUCAAACUCUAACAUCAAUGUUGAAGUCAGAACGGGCGCCAACUGACUCAGCAUGUAAUGUGCUUGCAGGUAAAAAUAUCUUAUUAAUAAUUAUUUAUUGAGUUCCAUGCCCUUCUAUGUAGUAAGGAUGGAACAAUAAGUUAGAUACAACCAGUGGCUUUUAAACCAAACUAACAGUCAACAGUUGUUAAUAGAUGAGAGAGAGCAGAAAGAGAAUACAUUAGCACCAAAAUUCCACCUUCUUCCCUCAUCCAGUCCUUCAAGCCAGACAGUGGGAACCCAUCAUAUGGAACUACGUAGAGGAAUUAGAAAUCUUGAAAGUCUAUCAAGACAAUGCGUUCAUAACUUUCUCUUAUUUUUAGGGGCAGAUAGUGGCUCUAUUUUUUCAGUUGUCUUGGCCAAUGUAGAUUGCCUCAUUGGAACGUGAGAGUACGGGCCAGAACUGACCCCAUCCUUAUGAAUCUACCCACAGUCUAUUAUGCAGAUAUUUAAUCAAGGAAUGAGAUUAAAUUUACCAAUAUAUUGUUAGCUGAUGUGUCGGUACUUUUCUAUUUCUGCUUGAUAAAAUUGCAUUAACAUCUUGUGACUCACUUACGUUCUAGAUUUACGCAAAUCUGUUUUGAGUACAGAAUACGAAAUACACAACUUCCCACUUUCAAAAUUGGCCAACAAGCUUACAUUCCUGGAAAAUACUGUUAUUAUUUUAAUUGAAAAAUCUGUUGGAUGAAGCAGGGAAAAGUUCAAUCAUAGAAAUACUCAUGACUCAAGGGGAAAACAAAGAUUUUUGAGGGGCUUUUAAAUUAAGAGCUUCCUGAAUACAGCAAUAGGGUUUUUUUUUUAACUCUAAGAAAGGCUGUGACUCAAAGUAAAAGCAAAAACUCUAAGGGUCUGACAUAUAAUUGAUUCGUUGGACAAAUGAUUUUCUCAACGUGGGUUUGACUCUUUCAAGUUGCUUAGAUGAAAACUGUGUGCUCAGGUUGGACCCAGCUAAGUCCUUUUUGUUCUAACAGAAAACCUCACCAAGUUAGUGCCCCAAAUGGUUUCUUCUAAAAUAGAUGGCGGGUGGAAUCUGUUGGAAGAUAUAUAAGCAAAUGAUUGAUGGAACUUCUGAGAACGCUUUUGUGAGAAGGGUUCUUUCUGGCAGUCUGCGUUGAUGCGGUGAGAGACUGUGGUGAAACAGCCCUUCCUCUCUGAGAAUAGCACAGCCUUCUUCUUUAAUUCUCACACCUGCUUUGCCAAAGCCAGCUUUUGUCUUCCCCUCAGAGAAACGUAGUGGAAGUAAAGCUCAGUGAGGAUAUUAGCCACCCCACAGCAGCUGUUUCUGAUAUGGAUUUCACAUCUGGCAGUACGGUCAAGUGCACUGCGGAAGGAAACCCUCAAAAUGUCAUGAUUAGUAUUUUUUUUUUGUCAAUUGUAUUGAAUUCUUCUCCAGAUUCUUUAUAACAGUCUCCACUGACCUUAUUCCUUGACAUUCAGACACUGGUAUUGAUCUGGAAGCAUCUUGCUCUAGAGCUUGGAAGGUUUCAGGGGCUGGUAUCUUGGAAACGCUCAGGCUGUGUGUGUAACUCCCGACAAUUAGCCUUCUGAGAGAGACUCGGAACAGAAUGGGGGCCGCAAAUUGAGGGAAAAUGAUGGGGGACGGAGUGGCUUGCCUCUUCCAGGGUUCUCUUGGGUCUUGGCGCUUCUACAGUGGUGUGCUAAAGUACUUCACAAAUGCGGAGUAUUAUCCGGCAGCAGACACCGCCUUACUUAGCGAAGGACAUUCCCUUCGUUUCCAAGGCAACAGAGAAAUAAAGUACCCUUCCACAAGUUUCACACUUAUUCACAUUUCAAACGUCGUUUAGCAAUAUCAUUCAAAAUCCAUUUACUUAAGAUCAUCAUUGAAGCUGCAAAGUGCAUGAAGCAAAUGACUGAGAAUUUCGGCUCCACUAAUUGAAGUCAUUUAGAAAGUGUUUGAGUAGAAAUCACUUUGAUUUCAUGUAAACUCAAAACAAAAACAAAGUUAAGUAAACAUUAGUAAUGUAACAAGGCGUACAAGGGCUGUGUCUACCUAUAUCCAUAGGUUUAUGGGCGAUAUCUAUUUGUAUAAAACUAUAAUUAUUAUAUUAGUCGUGAAAAGGUUCCAUAUAGCUUCUAAAACAGUCUGAAGCCAAUAAGAUUUGAAAAUGGUUUCAAUGAAAGAAACAUUUAACUGUCUGGUUUAAGGUUAAAAUUAUUUCCAAAGUAUGUUUUUUCUUAUUAGCUAACAUGUUACUUACCCAGGCUCUCUGACUGUGCUUUUGUUUCUUGAUAAAAAUGCAACAUUUUAUUGUAAUGAACUGUAUAAAAGUUAACUCAAAUGUAUAGACUUCGGGACUGGGCAAGUGUUUAUUUUUGUGACUAUUUUAGUUGUGUGAUGUUUUUAUUGAUGAACUCAUUACAGCAGAGUGAUUGUGCUUUUAUAUUAUUUAUAAUAUUUAUAGAUAUUGGUUUAUAAAUAUUCUUUAUAAACCUCUUUUUAAAUAUUAAUGGUAUGAUGUUUUGGUUACAGGUGACAACAUUAAAUUUUGAAAGUGAUGAGUUUUUUUUUAAGAUGCAUGACAUAAUUACUCAUAAAAUUACUACCUUGACAGCCAAGAAUGAGAUAUUGAGACACAUAAUUUACUAUUUACUAUCACUGUUCGUUUCUAUUUUUCCCACAGGGUCAGACUAUGUCCACCUAGGAGGCUCGCCAAUUUUUCAGCAUGCAGUCUUGAGUCAGUCUUCUAGGACCAAGAUGGAAAGAAUAACUCUAUUCCUAGUACAAGGCAGAG